GGUCAGCUGUUGAGCGUCAAAUCGGAGAAGACGUCUGAGGUGAAUAUGUGGGACGCACUAAAGCACUGCAUGCGUGAGGACUGGAAAGGCAAGGUUAUUACCGACUACACGUGCUGCGAAAGUGCCCUUCUUGACAAGCUUAAAGGUGGCGCACCAGCACCCGUGCCUUAUUAUAUCAUCUUCCUUGAGUUAGAGGGCGACGCAGCAUUGACUGACAAUGAGAAGCUGAAGCUGGAUGAGAGUCUACGCAGGGUGACUUAUCCGUACGAGUCGUUUCGCUGCAAGGACAGCAUCGCCCCGAUGGUCGUGCAUGUCGUACCGGUGGGAUGCUUUGCCGAGUUUCGCGGCUUCAUCGUCGGAAACUCGAUGGCUUCGUCGAACCAGCUGAAGAUCCCGCGGAUGCUGUCACAGGCGAAGCAGCUCGCGUUUCUGUUGGACCGCAUCAAGUAGGGAGAGACUAGGCUGAGUGGCAGACCAGCUACUAUGGGUGGCAGACCAAGCUUACACGCGGUGG